AUGGAGCACGAACAUUGUGAUUCCUACAAGGAAAUACCUUCAUUGCCAGAAGAGAUUGAAAUCUUCAAAAAUGUCACAAAUGUUUCCUCUCCUGUGGACUUUUAUCACCAAAGAAAUGUGAGCGAUGAAUGGCUUGACCCUGCGAUAUACUUAAAAACCAACUUCUUAGUUAUUUCUUCUGCAAUCUGCCUGUUGACUUCGGCACUGACGUCGCCUCUGGUCCUGCUGGCUAUCUUUUCAAAGAGCAACCUCCGCCAGGCGACCCGAUACCUUCUACUCGCCAACAUGUUGAUUAGUGAUUUGAUUUAUUCAGUGCUGAACACCCUCAUUGGGUUACUUAACACUCAAUAUUUAACCAUGCCCAAAGAAGUUUGUGAGACACUUCUGUAUGGACUGACAGUCUCUUAUUCCACUGGGAUUCUGACUGUCACAAUGAUGGUGGUGGACACUUAUGUGGCAGUCAGCCGACCAUUUCGCUAUACGACCCUGUUAUCGUUUUCAAGGACCUUGAAAGUCAUCGUUUGCAUCUGGCUUCUCUCUGCCAUUGCUCCUUCUGCCAUCUAUAUCAUAACAAUUAAGAGUAAACAUGAUCUACUCUCCACCUUGUCAAUUUGUAUAUUACCUUUGAUAUUCAGCAUCUCCUCGCUUCGAAUUGUUUCAUCGACAAUUUUUUACAGUGUUGCAGUAUUGUAUUUUCUGAUAUGUUUAAUUCUUAUCUCCAGUUGUUAUGUUAUGUUAUACUACAACACAAGGUCUUCGGGAAUAUGGGCUAGAAACUCCAGGGCAAGACAGACAUACCUGAUCCACACCAUCCUCUUAUUUUUGUCAUUCUUUCCUCUGCUUUUACUAGCAACAGCCGGAAUCCUCGAAGACCUAGACGUGAUUGGGUUCCAGUCAGAAGUCUGGAUGAGUCUGUCAAUGUCAAAUAUUUUCAUGAUGAUUCCCAAAGUUGUAUCUCCAUACAUUUAUGCACUGAGAUAUCGAGAGAUAGCAACAAUCAUCCGAUCGUUCUCAAUAUUCAGGUGUCUUAAUCGAGUCCCGCGAAUUAGCUAG